AUGGCCUCAAACGAGCUAUGGUAUGCUCGCUCUAGUAGUGGUUCAGGAGAUGUUCUGACCCCGUCGGCGGAGUUCCAACUCGAGAUCAGGGAUUCCGCUGGCAAGGGCAAAGGCAUCUUUGCGACCGCCGAUGCGCCCAUGGGCACCAUUGUAUUACAGGAACCUGGAGUUGUCGUUGUCGACCACUUUGAGCUGGGCGACAUCGAGUUCCCUCGCCUGACCCAGUACCAAGACAUCAUCCAGCAAUGGGAUGCACUGCCAGACAGUAUGAAGGGCUUCCUGGAAUCUCUCCACUUUGCAGACCACUCGGAGACGACGCAGAGUCAUUGGGAAACCUUCUUGAAGAGCCAGCCGAAAGAGGGUGACGAGGCGCCAAAGGAGCACGCACGACGAAUCUUGGCGUUCUACAGCAACGCUCACGACUACCGCGGGUACGAUGGCAAGCAGCAGCGGGCACUGUUCCCAGUGGCGUCACGAUUCAACCAUUCCUGCGACCCGAACGUGCUCGCAGAAGUCAGCAGGGCAGGCAUCAUGUACUACAUCGCGACACGGGACAUUCCCGAGGGCGAGGAGCUGCGCAUCUCCUACGUUCCUCCGAAUCACAACACGGGCUCGAGGCUGAAGGCGCUGAUGGACGGAUGGGAGUUCAUGUGCGACUGCCCGCGCUGUGCGAGGCAGGCAUUGCCGUCUCCACGUGUGGACUUUUCGCGUCUCUUCGCGUACACGUCGCUCGUAGAGCGCCAUCACGUCAUGAUCGAGGUCAGCAUACUCGAAUGGCGAGAGGAGCUCUGGCUCUGGAUGGAUGCUCAUCUCCACAGGAUUGUGGUUGCCCAGGCAAAUGAUGACCCUCUGACUCUCUACUUCUCAUUUCGCUCUAUGGCUUCCGCCUUCAAGAUCCUAGCUCGGGACUAUCCUCCCAGCAUCUUCUACCCUGCCGCUGUCUUUGCGCAAGAGUAUUUCGAGUACUUGGAAGACGCGACCGCAGUGGCGAGGGAUCGCUUGAGCGAGUUUCCGGUCUUCGCGGUGGUCUGCGAACAAGAGAUUGAGAUACGCGCGGAGAUUCACGAGCUUCUCGAGUCAGCUCAGUUGGGCGAUUACGAUCUUUGA